AAAGUGACAGUAGUUGUCAAACAAAACACAGGUUAAUGUUUGAGUCUGCGACCUUGACCUAACCCAGAUAGAAUGUGCAAAGGCAGAGCUGAUGUGAUGAUUACCGAUUCGAUCAUCUCUAGCUAAUCAAAUUCACCAGACAGAGAAAUUUCAUUUUCAUUUUAUAAGCCCAUAUGACAAAACAGGAAACCAGAAUUAUUAACGGCGCGUGAACAAGCGAGUUGAUCACUUUGUCUGUGACUCGGUAUGAUCGAAAUAUUGACAGUAUGCAUUGAAACCAGACGAUAGACUCAGCCUUUUCUGAUGGGUGGAGUACUGGAGUUUCUUUCACACAAAACAAAGCAAAAGCAAAAAGGGGUAUAAAAAAAUACUACAUCGGUGAAUGGUGGAUCCUCUUCUCAUUAAUUAUUGUAUCUUCUGCUAUAUCCUCUCUUAUCUCCCAACUCGAGACUCCAUUAUCACAAGCAUUUUGUCAAGAAGGUGGAGGCAUCUCUGGACUCUCAUACCAUACGACUUCUCCAAGUCCAAGGGCCUGCCAACGGCUGUUGUUGUCAACUUGAAUCAGGGUUCUGCUGUCAACACCAUGGAUUUUCAUUUAUCCCAACAAACUUUGCUUCUUGCUGGAACAAAUAUUGGUGAUAUCACAAUUUGGGAAGUUGGAAGGAGGGAGAGGCUUGUUUUUCGAAACUUCAAUGUUUGGAAAGUUGAAGCAUGUUCAAUGGCCUUGCAGGCAUUGUUGGCCAGUGAUUAUACUGCAUCUGUAAACCGUGUGAUGUGGAGUCCUAAUGGUGCGCUUUUUGGUGUUGCAUAUUUGAAACAUAUAGUGCAAAUAUAUUCCUAUCAUGGUGGUAAUGAUUUGCGGAACCACCUGGAGAUUGACGCUCAUGUCGGUAAGGUUAGUGAUCUUGGCUUUUUACAUCCAAACAGACAACUCUGCAUCAUAACUUGUGGAGAGGACAAGACUAUUAAGGUGUGGGAUGCUGUCACCGGUUAUAAGCUGUACACGUUUGAAGGGCAUGAAGCACCAUUUUACUCCGUGUGCCCUCAUCAUAAGGAAAACAUUCUGGGUUGCCACUCCCCCCCCCCCCCCCUUCCAACCCUUCCGGCUUCUCCUUCCGUGUGGAUUUGGUUUAGAUCAUUGAAGGUUUCUUGCUUCCUACAGUACAUAUAUUCAGUAGAUAUCAGUGGGAAAAUUAAGGCUUGGUUAUAUGAUAAUGUGGGUUCAAGAGUUGACUAUGAUGCUCCAGGCCAAUCUUGCAUGACAAUGGCCCACAGUGCUGACGGGACAAGGCUAUUCUCAUGUGGGACUACUAAAGAAGGAGAAUCAUACCUUACUGAAUGGAAUGAAUGUGAGGGGGCUAUCAAGCGUGUAUAUUAUGGUCUUUGGAAGCGGUUUGGGGGGGGGGUAGUGCAAUUUGAUACAAUGAAGAACCAGUUACUGGCUACUGGUGAUGAGUUUCAAAUAAAAUUUUGGGACAUUGACAAUGUUAACAUCUUGACAACUACAGGUAUAGAGGGUGGAUUACCGGCUUCUCCUUGCAUUUGAUUUAACAAGGAAGGGAUACUGCUUGCUGUGUCAACAAGAGAGAAUGGAAUCAAAAUACUUGCAAAUGCUGAUGGUUUACAGCUUUUUCAUUCUAUUGAAAAUUGUGCAGUUUAUAUCUCCAGAGGAUAAAAGACUUAUAGUUCAUGGGGCUUUUAUUGAAGUUAUGUUUGCUUGUAAAGGUCAUGAGGUUGAGUACUUAAAUUCAGGUUCUCAUACAAGGUGAGGCAAUGAAGGUUAUGUUGCGUCAGUUUGGCCACAUUAAGGCUUCAUUUGCAAGUGAUUGGCCGGGUGUGAGCAACACGAUGUUUGAGCAACAACCUAAACGCUACAAUGCCUUGAUUUCUGGGAGUCGGGAUUCUGUAUAUUAAAUUAGGUCUUACCAGAUUUUUGGGAGUCAGGAUUGUGUAUUAAAUUAGGUCUCUGGUAAAAGUAACUUAAAACGAUUCAUGCCUUGUUGACUAUUCUAUGGGCAACAGAAAACAAAUUGCAAGUAUAUUUGCAAUGGAAAGGGCAUUCACAUGGAAAUUGAUAACGAUGGAAGACAGAAGAAAUUGAUGAAAUUUUGAGAGAGUUAAAGGAUGACAUAGGUAAGAAAAUGAAGAAAAGGUUGUGGAAGAAAUUGAUGAAAUUUUGAGAGAGUUAGAGGAUGACAUAGGUAAGAAAAUGAAGAAAAGGUUGUGGAUUGGGGGGGAAGUAAAAACAAAUUGGUUGAAGAGUUCACUUGUCCUCGUGGUUCUUCAUCCCUCAACUUUUUAAAUGAACUGUUUUUAUCAAAAGGCAGUAUAUUUUAGGCAAGGAAACUUCUUGUGGGUUGUUACUAUUGCUCCAGCAGGACUCCACCAUAUAGAAAGAUCAUCAAACAGAGUAUAUCUUAUCUAUGUGUGACUUGAUAAUGCAUUAAAAUGAAAUUUAACAGGCAAAGAUGAUAAUAAAAAAAAAAUGAGGCCCAUUCUUUUA